UGAACUCAGGUCCUCCUGAAUCCAGGGCUGGUACUCUAUCCACUGCGCCACCUAACUGUCCCUAAAACAUCUCCCCUAGCAAGUAAAGGUAGAGCUUGCAAGGGAGUAUACGUGAGCCCCCUAUGCAAAAAAAUUUAGGCCCCUGGUAUACUAGUAUCAGGUCUCCCUUUUAAGGAAAAAGUAGUUCAGUAUGAUGACCACUUUACAGACAGACUACUGUGCAUCUUGGUUAGAUUUAUAAAACCUGAGAGUUGGGAAGGAUAUUAGAAUACCAGCUAAUACAAAAUCACUCUCUGAGAAAGCCUUUCUAUCAUAUCCAAAUGAGGUUAGUUGACUUACCCAAGGUUUUUCACAGUUUGUAAAUGGCAAAACUGAGGGUAGAACCAUGGUCUUCUGACCAUUGUGCCAUACUGCCUCCCAGUAUGGAGCAUGUAGGAAGAGAGGGAGGAAUAACAAAAACCGUCCAAACCAAAAAAAAAAAAAGGAUGUUCCUCCCAGCAUUCCCUAAGGCCAGUCUAGUGCAGUAAGGUAGAGCAUGUCCAAGGACUCUGCUCCAAUUUUAGGGGUCUGUUCUAGUCCAAUUAUUAGUACAGGGUACAAAUUUGAGGUUUGAAUAUGAUCUCCAAGACUGCUCUGCUCCCCCUUCCAAGGACUCCAGCCUAGACCUGAUGGUGGACCAGGCCAGGCCUACAACUCCUCCGCAGCAUUGUGGAACCCCCCCGCCCAGAGCCACUCUCCCAGACCCAAGUCCAGGGUAUGUGAGAAUGGGUACUUGCCUUGCUCCACCUACUUUGGAAAAUUCCUGCACCAAAUUGGAAAAAGUUACAUAUGAAGGUGAUAAUACAUGUCUUUAAAAUCUCAAAAAGCUGAUGAGCUGUUUCCUCUGACCACUCCUCCUUCCUUUUAAAAGUAGAUAGUGAAGUAGUUAUGUUGGCUGAAAAGUUCAGACAGUGACACACAGCCAUGUAGGCUCUAAUCCACAAAUUGAAACAAGAAUGUGGGUAGGGAAAACAGAGGACACAAGGACAUACAUGUUAUGGAAGGACAUACAGACUGCUAUUGCUGACGCAGUAGUGUCAGCCACAGCCCCUAGCUGCCCCCCCCCGCCUCUCUCCCUCACCAGCUGCCAGUCUAGCUCUGCCCUGUAUCUCCGGCACCUGUCACUGCCUGUCCUUGCCUAGGGGGCCCAAGAGCCCCUCCUCAGCUGCCCAGCGGAGCAAGCAGUCAGAGGGGAGGGAACAUGGAGCGGGGGUUAGGGGUGGGGACAGGGACAGGACUCGGGGCCCGGCUUCGAGUAGUGCUGGGCUGGUUGCUGAGGGUAUUGCUCUGGCUAGCAUCAGCCCUCCUGUACUUUGGAAGCGAGCAGGCCGCCCGACUCCUGGGGAGCCCUUGCCUGCGGCGCCUUUACCAUGCCUGGUUAGCUGCAGUUGUCAUCUUUGGACCGUUGCUACAAUUCCGUGUCAACCCCCGCACUAUCUUCGCCAGCCACGGCAACUUCUUCAACAUCAAGUUUGUGAACUCCGCCUGGGGCUGGACCUGCACCUUCCUGGGAGGUUUCGUGCUACUGGUGGUGUUCCUGGCCACACGUCGAGUGGCAGUGACGGCUCGGCACCUAAGCCGGCUGGUGGUAGGGGCAGCGGUUUGGCGAGGGGCCGGCCGUGCUUUCCUGCUCAUUGAGGACCUGACAGGCUCCUGUUUUGAGCCUCUGCCCCAGGGGCUGCUGCUCCACGAGCUGCCUGACCGACGCAGCUGCCUGGCAGCCGGCCACCAGUGGAGGGGCUACACUGUCUCCUCGCACACCUUCCUGCUCACCUUUUGCUGCCUGCUCAUGGCUGAGGAGACUGCAGUCUUUGCCCGGUACCUGGCCCAUGGGCUGCCUGCCGGCGCCCCUCUUCGACUUGUCUUCCUUCUCAACGUGCUGCUGCUGAGCCUCUGGAACUUCCUGCUACUCUGCACUGUCAUCUACUUCCACCGAUACACCCACAAGGUGGUAGGUGCUGCUGUGGGCACCUUUGCCUGGCACCUCACCUACGGCAGCUGGUACCGCCAACCCUGGUCACCGGGGAGUCCAGGCCACGGGCUCUUCACCCAUCCCCAAUGCCCCCACUCCAGACUUCAGCGCGACUGAUGGGAAUAAAGGCAAAUCAAAGCCAG